AUGCUCAUAGUUACACACGAAGGCACAGAAGAAGUCAAAGAAAGAAAAGUAGAUAAACUAGUUUCUCGUUAUGAAACUUUUACCAUGUAUGAGAAUGAGACUAUUACUGAUAUGUUUACCCGCUUUACAAAUAUUGUAAAUAGUCUAAAGGUCCUAGGUAGGACCUACACAAAUGCUGAGAAAGUAAGGAAAAUCCUGAGAUCCUUACCAAACAACUGGAGACCAAAGAAGAUAGCAAUUGAGGAAGCAAAGGACCUAACCAAGAUAUCUCUAGACUACUUAUUGGGUUCUUUGCAAACUCAUGAAGUGGAGCUGCAAGCCAACAAGGAAACUUCUGAAAUCAAAACAAAGAGUAUCGCACUGAAGUCAUCUCAAAACACUGAAGAAGUAAGCGAUGAUGAUGAUGAGGACUUCAACUUAGAGAAGGAAAUCUCCCUCAUUACAAGAAAGUUCAAAAAAUUCCUCAAGAAGAAGGGAAAUUUCCUUACAAGAACAAGUCCCAUGGUGACAAGUCCUAUGGAGAAAAAGAAGAAGGCCUAUGCGGCUACUUGGGAUUCAAGUGAUGAAGAAGAAAAGAGCGACUCCGAGGACGAAGUCACCAACCUUGCUUUGAUGGCUCUUGGAAAUGAAGAACAAGAGGUAAAUCAGCCAAUUGAAACUGAACCCCUAGAAAGCUAUACAAGAGGAGAACUUCAAGAAGCCUUCGAGGAAUUGUAUGAAGAAAGUCUCAAAUUAGAAAAUGAUAAACCAAACCUAGAAAAGGACACUCUUAACAAAAGAGUGGAUGCCUUGACCACAAAGGAAUAUUCUUGGGAUAUUCUCUCAACAGUAGAGCAUAUAGUCUUUAACAAAAGAUCUCUAAUGGUUGAGAAAUCCAUGAAUGUUAGAUUUGAUGAGUCUUUACCUACUCUUUUGCAUGAUUCUGCUAAUGAUGAUGAUCAUGUUGUUCUUGAUGAGUUAAAGAAUAAAGUAGAUAAUGUUUCUCUUGAUGAAUCUAAGGAAAAAGAAACUACUAUUGAAAAAGUAGAAACCUUACCUAGGGACAUCAUUCCUCAUAGGGUCCAUCCCUUAGAUGCUAUAAUAGGUGAUCUGGAUCAAGGAAUUCAGACGCGAUCUACAUCUCGUGAGAUAUGCAAUCACACUACAUUUAUCUCCAAGAUUGAACCUAAAAACAUAGAAGAAGCAUUGAGAGAUAGUGACUGGAUUGGUGCCAUGCAAGAAGAGCUUCACCAGUUCAAACAAAGCAAGGUUUGGGAACUUGUCCCAAAACUUGACCACCAAACCAUCAUUGGUGCCAAGUGGGUCUUUCGGAACAAACUGGAUGAAGAUGGUAACAUUGUAAGGAACAAGGCCAGAUUGGUUGCAAAAGGGUAUAACCAACAAGAAGAUGAUAUCAUCUUUGGCUCAACCAACAAGAGAAUGUGUAUUGAUUCAGUAGCAAGAUGA